AUGAAUAACUCUAACAAAAGAUGCAGUUGGAGUGCUGCAGAAAUUGCUACAUUGGUUGAUUCUGUUAAAGAAAAUAAUAUAAUGAAACUCCUUGAUGGGAAACGAUACAGAAACGCAGAUAUUUAUGAAGUUGUAAGACUGGACUUAGAAAAAAUUGGUUCAUCUAAAACGGUUGCUCAAGUUCGAGCCAAGUGGAAGGCGCUCAAAAGUGGCUAUUCUGAGAAGAACCGUUUCAACAAGAUAAGUGGAAGCAACCGGAUGUCUUGUGAUUCAGAAAAAGAUUUAGAUGAAGUCCUUGGAACUCGUCCAUCUAUAAAACCACUGGACUUUGGAACAGACUCGACAAAAGAAAAUGAUAUGGAGUUCAUUGAUGAAGUUGAAGAAAAUAUAACAAGUGUUAACGAAGAAAAUGAAGAUGUCAGUUAUGAAGUAGUUUACCAGCAAGAGGACCAGUUAGACUCAAGUUCAACACAGAAAAAUGAAACAAAAACUCUAUCCCAAAAAAGAGAAUUUCGACGUAAAACUAGAAAUUCUGGCGACUUAUUGAACAUAAUGGAUUCUUUUCAUAAGACUAUGGAAGGACAUAAAGAUUUCAUUAGAGAAGAGAAUGAAAAACAGAGAAAAUGGGAGGAAGAUCUACUAAAAGCUGAACAAGAACAAGCACAGAAAGACAAAGCAGAAUUUACUAGCCUUCUGACAAGUUUACUGAAGCCUAGAGAUUAA